AAAAAUUGAAAGUUCAAUGGUUAUUUCAUUUCUUCAUCUUUCCAUUCACCGAAAAGUUCAAUUCUACGAUCACUCCUCUGUUUCUGCCUUUUCUUUUCCACUUUCUUGACUUUACGAUUAUGUUCAUUAUAAUUACUCAUUAAGCUAACGCGUUCCAAAGCCAUUACAUUCCCCUUUCAAUCUUGCAUGAGUUCAUGUGGCUUUCCAUUCACUCCAUCCCCCUUUCUUCUCACAAAAUGCCUUGAAUUGUGAUUUUCUUCGUGUAUUUUGAAAUGGGUUUCGAUUUCUGAGACGGGUUUGUUGCUUGGAUUUUGUGGAGCGGUGAGUAUAUAUAUAUAUAUAUAUAUUUGAUAAUGGGGGUCGUCACUGUUGCGGAGUUGAAGCCGAGUAUUUCCGGGAAGAGAUCGUUUCGUCCGAGUUCGAGCAUAAGGCAUGCGACUGAGUGGCCAAUUUCUGAUGUCUCCAGUGAUCUCGCCAUAGAAGUAGGCGGCUCGAGCUUUGCGCUUCACAAGUUUCCUUUAGUUUCUCGUAGCGGAAAGAUACGAAAAUUAUUGUUGGAAGCAAAAGAUUCGAAAACUUCCCGGGUUAACCUCUCUACUAUUCCUGGUGGACCCGAGGCGUUCGAGCUAACUGCAAAGUUCUGUUAUGGUAUUAAUGUUGAGAUUACAUUAUCAAAUGUUGCUAUGCUGCGUUGUGCUUCUCAUUACUUGGAGAUGACCGAGGAGUUCGCAGACAGAAACUUGGAAACCCGAACUGAAUCGUACCUAAAGGAUAUGGUAUUUCCAAAUAUAUCGAACUCGAUAUCGGUUCUUCACCGGUGCGAAAGUUUAUUACCUUUUUCAGAAGAGAUCAAUCUGGUAAGCAGACUCAUUCAUGCGAUUGCUAGCAAUGCAUGCAAAGAGCAGCUGACUUCUGGCCUACUAAAGUUAGAUCAUAACUAUCCGUCCAAAGCUGUUCAUAACAUCGAGCCAGAAACGCCAUCGGAUUGGUGGGGGAAGUCACUAACUGUGCUGAAUCUCGACUUCUUCCAAAGGGUUCUAUUGGCCGUGAAGUCGAAGGGUUUAAAACAGGAUAUGAUCAGCAAGAUUUUGAUAAACUAUGCUCAUAAUUCCCUUCAAGGCCUUGUUGUUAGAGACCAUCAUUUAGUGAAGGGAAGUUCCUUAGAUUUGGAAUUGCAAAGGAAGCAGAGGGUGAUCGUUGAGACAAUCGUGAGCUUGUUACCGACGCAGUCCCGAAAGAGCCCAGUUCCAAUGGCAUUUCUUUCAAGUUUGUUAAAAACAGCCAUUACUGCUUCGGCUUCGACUUCUUGUAGAUCGGACUUGGAGAGACGGAUGGGCUUGCAAUUGGACCAAGCUAUUCUCGAGGACGUUUUAGUUCCUUCAAUCACUCAUGGGAUCAACCAUAGCACUAUGUAUGAUUCGGAAUCAGUAGUGAGGAUCUUCUCCAUCUUUUUGAACUUGGACGAGGAAGACGACGACGAAGAUAGUCACUUGAGAGAUGAAAGCGAAAUGAUGUGUGAUUUCGAUAGUCCUGGUUCGCCUAAACAAAGUGCAAUUCUCAAGGUUUCUAAGCUAUUGGAUAAUUAUUUAGCGGAAGUUGCACUCGACUCAAAUUUGAUGCCUUCGAAGUUCAUAGCGUUAGCAGAACUACUUCCUGAUCAUGCUCGGGCCGUAAGCGAUGGCUUGUACCGAGCUGUAGAUAUCUUUCUCAAAGUUCAUCCGAACAUUAAAGACUCGGAACGUUACCGCCUUUGCAAAACCAUCGACUGUCAGAAGCUAUCUCAAGAAGCAUGUAGCCAUGCUGCACAAAAUGAAAGGCUACCAGUGCAGAUGGCAGUGCAAGUGCUAUAUUUUGAGCAAAUCAGGUUAAGGAAUGCAAUGAAUGGCAACCACAAUCAGCUGUUUUUCGGUUCGACGAAUGGUAGCCAAUUUCCUCUACGAUCGAGCAGUGGUGCAGGAAGUGGAGCCAUCUCUCCACGGGACAAUUACGCAUCGGUUCGAAGAGAGAACCGGGAGCUGAAACUCGAAGUUGCUCGAAUGAGAAUGAGGCUUACAGACUUGGAAAAGGAUCAUGUUUCCAUGAAGCAGGAGCUUGUAAAGUCACAUCCUGCAAACAAGCUAUUCAAAUCAUUCACCAAGAAGUUAAGUAAACUCAAUGUUCUUUUCAGGAUAAACAGCAUCAAACCUAUAGGGACGAAGAACAGUUCCGAAAACCGGUUCCCGUUUCAAAAACGAAGGCGACAUUCGGUUUCGUGAUUCUGAAUCUAUUGUAUUUGGAUGAGUUAAGUGAGAGUGUAUAGUGUAAACUUAAAUGUGAUCUUGUCUAAUAUGAGGUUGAUAGCUAUUGAGUGUUGAUUCUGGCUGUUGCUUUGUUCAUUCUCAAAUGCAGACAUUCUAAGCUUGUGUUCU